AUGCAGAAUCAGAAUUCUCCAAGUUCUGCCGUUUUUAAUCAUAGGACGGUUUCAACUCUUCGUAAUGCUUUAGAAAUGGAAGAACAGAAAGAACAUCAGCAUAAUGUUCCAGAAGUGGAAGAACAGAAAGAGCACCAUCAGCAUAAUGUUCCAGAAGUGGAAGAACAGAAAGAACACCACCAGCAAAAUAUUCCUGAAGCAGAACUAAAUAAAUUCCGCGAGUUUUGGUGGAAAACUGGGAAUUUUCAUCCAAAGGCCCACUGGUAUGAUGCAACUUUACCAUACGUGCUUAAAACAAAUGUCACCUUGGAUGAUUAUAUUAUUCAAACAGAUAAACAUAAUAUAAAGGGGUUUUGGGAGUGGGAAAAGGAUACUGUUCGAGUUAUCGAAUUUCCUUCUCGCUUUCAUGAGGUUCCUGUCCAAGCAAUUAGUAUGGAACUUAGUGUGACGUUCUAUCCUGUGCGGGACACUUCCGCUCGCAAAGAGCCUGAUGGAUCAUUUCGACCUUCUAAAAAGCCACCAACUACUAGCAAUGGAUAUGACGGAAAGAAUUUUCCUUGGCCUAAUCUUAUAGUGGAGGUUGCUUAUGCCCAAGAAGAACGGAUGCUUAAGGAAAGAAUAGAAAACUAUUGGCUCCUUCCGAAUAGGGUUCACGACGCAAUUGGAAUUAAACUAGAAUAUACAAAAGAUGAAUCAAUUCCAACGGAGAUGACA